ACGCCGAAUAGAUAAAAGGAGAAGAGCCAGGCCUUGUUCGACGCCUGAUUUGACCCCAAGAGCAGCAGUCAUGAUGGCAAGUGUGUGUUGCUGGACCCUCCUGGUCGCUGUUGCUGCAAGUCAGACCACCUCAUCAUCAGGAAGAGAUCCUCCCGUCAAUCCAACAGUGCGUUGCUGGUGUGCAAGUUAUCCCAACAUGACCUUUUGCUCUUGGCCUGAACCCCCCCACUCUCCCUCUCAGCCAGUGCGCUACGUGGCCUCCUACACCGAGAGACACCGGCCGUCAGUAACCAAGCAAUGUCAGCUCAUGUCUAGCAACUCUUCUUCGUCAUCAUCAUCACCAGAGAAGCUGUGGCACUGCCCCCUGCGUGACUUGAAGCUGCUGACGGACUACAUGAUCAACGUGACGACACUUUACGACGGAGGCAGCAGCUCUCAUCUCAGCAGCUUCAUGCUGGAGGACAUCGUGAAACCUGACCCCCCCGUGGACAUCAAGGUGUCCCCUCAUAACGUCAGAGCGGUUCUGAUGGAGUGGUCGGCUCCUCCCACUUGGACGCACAUGGACAUCGUCCCCUUGAAGUACCAGAUCAUGUACCAGUGGGACGUCAAGGGCACCACCAAGUCUGUCAAUCUGGGUCCUCUGGAGAACACCAGCGUGGAGCUGAAGGGUCUGAUCCCUGGUAGAACGUACCUGUUCCGGGUGUGCGCUAGGGAGCUGCUGGGUCUGGGCCAGUGUAGUCGUUGGAGCUCGCCCGUCACUGUGACCUUACCCAAGAAAAAACUCUAACACGUGUUACGAACAACAAUCGUUUUGUAUUUGGAGUAGUAUUUAUUGUAAUAUUGUUGCUUCUUGCCACUCAUGGUAAAAGUAAAAGGAUUGGUGGAACGUUUUAUGGUGUUUCCUGGUGUUUGUGUGACUUCACAUCAUUCGGAAAAGUAUUUAAUCAUGUUUGAAUGAAUCACAUCAUCAUACCUGCAUCCGCA